AUCUGGAUGAUCUUAUAAAGAAUAAAACUGAUGAGCUUAAACAAGUUGAAUCCGAAAAUGAAAAAUAUCGUCACAAUAAAGAGCAUCGUAAAAAAUUAAAUACAGCUUGUGGUGAUCGAGAUCUUCCUGAUGUUAUAAUUGGUCUUGAAAGGGAAUUGAACGAUAUGCGAGAAGAACUUGCCAAUGCAUCAAGUAGUUCUGAUAUUUAUAAUAAGUUUGUCAUUUCGGUAUGUGAUCGAAGUUUUGAAAACGAUGAUGAAUUUAAAAACUUUUUAAAAAAGAUUAAAGAUCUUGCUGCCUCGGUUAGCAUAACUGAAAAAAUAACUGACUUGGAACGUCAAAUACGUGAUACUGAUGCAAGGCUUAAACGUCUUCGCGAACUUCAGUCCGUGUGGAAUGCCGUCAAUCGCUUUCAUUCAGAUCUAUCUGAUUUAGAGAGACAAAUUGAGGAAUUACAAAACAAAAAGGCUGAAACUGACACUACGUUGGAAGAUAUUUAUGUCAAUCUCGCUGGAAUCCAAGUAGAAAUCAGCAAUACUACAAAGCUACGUAGAGAUACUGACAAAAUUAAUAUUUGGCACAGGGAACUUGAAACCAUAAAAUCAGACAUUUAUUAUACUGAAGAUGAAUUAAGUAAUUCAGGAUCAACAAGAACUGUUGAGGAUUGUACAAAUGAGCGAGAUACAUUGCAAGAUGAGGCGAAAAAAUUAAGAAGAGAUAUUGCCAAUAUUACGCAAAUGAAAGAAGCGAGACUAAAAGAAUUGAACACACGUUCAGAAAAAGUUGGUCGUUUGAAAUUAGAGUUGCAAUCUAAGAAGAAUGAUAAAGAAAAUUACAACAGUUUGCAAAAAGAAAUUACCUCAUUGGAUGAAGAAACUAAAAAGUAUGAAGACAAUGUUAAAAUUUUUGAUGCUCAAAUAUUGGAAUUAACAUCAAAGCUUCGAGAGACUGAAAUUGAAAUAAAUGAAUUCUGGCAAAAGAAAACUGAGGCUGAAAUGGCAACCAUUAAUUAUUUAACUGAGACUCAAAAACAAUCUGAACGAUUCUUUAGUUUAGAUCGUAAAUUUAAUCAUGGAAAUAGCAAGGAAAGAUUGGCUGAAUGUAAUGAUCAAAUCGAGAAAUUAGACCAAAAAAUAGCUACUAAAAAUGCUGCCAGUGAAAAUUCUGCCAAACAAUUGUGA